AUGAGUGUCCUUCCAGUAUGCUGUGCAGCCCGAUUCGAUGCGAAGUUCCUCGAUCGGUUCAUAGAACUCAAUGUCAAGCAGAAAGAAGGUCUUGAUCUCGAUUUCGCCAUGGUCGUAAUCACCGACCUCUCAAAAACAUACACAAAAGUCUCAAACAUCCCCAUGGAGGCUGUUACUACUUCACCAGCGCCUUUUCAGGGCAGAAGUGCAGAAGAGUGCUUUGAACUGCUUCAAGCGUUCGUAAAGCAUACAGGGAGUGACAUCAAUGUGGAGUUUUUUGCUAUCCUGGAUGAGGGAUCGAGGGAAGAUGAUACUGUGUUGAUUGUGAAGGCGACGGAAAAAACGCGAGAUAUCAAGACUGUACGUGGAGCUCUGAAAGAGACCGAUAUGUCGCUGGUGAACCUCUGGGUUGGGAAUUUGGAUAUUGAGGAGUGUAGUCAUGAGCUGAGGGGUUUUUGUCGCCAUCGUGCCUGGUGGAUCGUUGUUCUACGAGCAUUUGCUCGACUGUUCACCUUUGGGUUUGCUAUGUGUUUGGUUUCGGACAAGAUGUGCAUUCUCGGAUAUCACCAGACAUUGAUGCACCCUAAGCUCCUUAGUGACCCAGAGCGAACGAGCGGUUUUGUAAUGUCCAGAUGCCUAAGCACCCGUAGCGUCACUGCUCGGGAGAGCGGAAUCGAACACUCUAUCACGCCAUCGCCCUUCAGCAACAUCAUCUUUGACGCGUUGCUUUUCGACCAUUGUCGCAACAUCUUCAUUCCCAUUACAUUACCGUUGUCGCUACUUGACGUCGCAUUCCUAUCAAAGUCGCGACGUGUUCCAACAACCGCAAAGUCAAUCCACAGAAGACAGCCGCAGUGGAUUGUCGCAUCCUCAGUCUCAGGGAGACGCCUCCACAAGCAGUCCUUCCGAAUCCAGUAUCGCUUCCAACUCGAACAAGUUCAGUACAUCGAACAUCUCCCACCGCCGCUUGUCCUCUCCGGGAGCUUCUUCUCAGCAACCAUGACGAAGUCUCCGCUCUCCUCUGCCCGUCCGAAUUUGUAUUUGGAAGACAUGGCAGAGCUUACAACAUCCAAAUCAGACUGCAGCUGCAGAUUGACCACGCUGCCGACCGAGAUUAUCCAAGCUAUCUUCGAAAACAUCACCAAUCAGAGGGACAUCUUGAAUGUUAUGAUCACCUGCAAGUCGCUCGCUCACCCAGCAGAGGAAGCCCUGUGGCAGGUCUGCAACAUUCGUGGCUACGCGAAACUUCCUACGAUGAAUGCUGAGCAACAGGAUCGGUUCCUGAUGUGCAUCCGGAAACAAACUUUGCACUUCGAACGCACCGGUAUACAGCCCAGAGACCUCCGCAUCCAACCACCUCGACUCCAAGAGCUCAGCGUCGAGCACCUCUCUGCAGCCUCUGUAAACAACCCCGUCAACAUCAGCAGCUUCAUCAAAUCCAGUCUCAUCCGCUUGGAGGUUCGCAAUGGCACGACUGAUGGCUUCUUACCGGCCUUGAACCUACUCAGAGGUCUGAAGCACCUCAAGAUCGGCAGUCAGGUCCAAGUGCAGGGCGGUGAUCCCUUGAGCUUCUUGCGUCUCAUCCAGACUAUACCGCCUCUCGUGACCUUGUUCGGAGGUAGCCUGUCCUCGACCGAACUGUUCGUCGUAGCUGCUUCUGGCAAAGUCAUGAGAGAGCUCGGCAUGACAGUGCACGUGGAUCAUACCACCGUUAUACGGGCCCUGCAAGUGCCAGAUGCUUUUGCUAACCUACGCCGCUUGUGCUUGUGGACACCUGCCAGUGCAGCAUGCGAAUUGUUGCCAAAGCUGACAACUCUCCAAAGUCUCCAGCUUGACGUUAGUCAGGACUUGCUUCCCGGCGAGACAUUCACAUCCGCCGCAGUCAGUGUCUUCCGUGCCAUCGGUACAAUGGACAAACUCUUGGUGCUAGAUGUCACAUUGCGCGACUUCGGUGUUUCAGUUCAACCUGGAAUGUUCCAGCCCCUCACGCAUUUGACUCGGCUGGAGAAGUUGAGUAUCAACCAUGAUCUUGUUGUCAAUUUUCAUCACCGCAACAUCGCAGACUUUCUCCCUCUAUCCCGCCUCUGCCCUCUGGAGCAUCUGCAUCUUGAGACCGAACACAGAGUACCUUCUCGCUGGAUCGCGAGCUUAGCGAGACAGCAUCCAGGCUUGAAGACAUUGUCGCUCGGAGCCUUGGUCAAGAUCAUCCCCUUGAAAGCCCAUUUCCCAGCCCUUGAGUCCCUGAUGCUCUAUUACCCUACUUUGCCUUGUGAAUCUUCCCACGCACACCCCUUGAUGCGCCAGCUGGCCACGAAGAUGCUCGCGAUCGCCCCUCGUCUGAAGCAAGUCCAGGUCAAUUUCUACUCUUCCGCCUCUAGGGACAUUGUGAUCUCCUACGAACAUAACGAGGAAGACAUCACUUGCACUUGCACUAGUCGCCGAGACGGCAACAUGACCUUCACCCUGCCAGGUCCUCUGAUCCGUUACUGA